CUUUCGCCAGGAUUCUUUGAGCAAAGCCGCCGGCAGUUGAGCUGUUUACGUCGCCGAGGAAGGAAGGAAGACGCUUCAAGCAGCUUCCAGGAGAGAUGAACCAAGCACAAAGUCUGUUGAUCGACAGCCUCACCAGAACCAAGCAUGUGGCCAAUGCCGCCCUCGUCAAAAUUGAAAACGGGACAGUGCUGACGACCACCCCCGGGUUCAACAUCCAAAGCCAAGCUUCAGUUUUCAUCCAGGCCUUCAACAAAAACUUGCUCGAAGUCCGACGGGACGGCCUCUACUUUAAGGGCCAGCAUUACAGGUGCGUCCGAGCGGACGACCAAUCCAUCUAUUUGAAAGGGAAAGACAGCGCCGUGAUCUUGGUGAAGACGCGGCUCUUCAUCCUGGUCGGGACGUAUUCCCAAGGCAUGUACCCCAGCGUGUGCGUGGAAGCCGUGGAGAAACUGGGGGAUUACUUCAGAGAAAAGGGGAACUGAGGGCAUAAAGGAAGGAUGCAAAGAUUCGCCUGAGGCCGGCACCACAUUGCGUAGACUUGGCACACACCUUUUGCAUAUACACAAAUGCCACCAUUUCUCAUGGGAAAAGCAAAAUGAGAAAUCCCUAAUUUCUUCUCUGGAGAUCAGCCCGAUGCAACCACUUAAGGGCCAUGCUGAAUUCUUCUUUUGAACUUUGCAAAUAAAUCGACAAAUGCUUUCCAAUAUCCAAGCAAACCUGGUACGUCGUUGAAAUAAGUAAGAAUGAGGCGCAAUAUCGUUCGAUGCCAUUUUUUGAUAAGAAUUGACUCAAACGUAAAUUUAUUUGAAUCUCAGACGGAGAGCAAAUCAAAAACUGGGGAGGGGGGAUCAAUGUAAAAGAAACAGAAAUUGAGAAGACUGUCCGUUUGAGCAUGUUGGCGCUGAAUUUUGGGUGCCCUUUGAAAUAAAAAGCAAACAGCCACUCAGUUUUAAGGUGAAAAUGUCCAGUACGUACAAUACAGUCAGUUCCAUAUUAAGAACAGCUUGACCACGGCUGACGCAAGAGACAGCGCAUUUUGAAAAAUGCGGCCUUCCAGCCUUCUGAGGUUGGUGAAUCCAGUACCUGAAUUGGUCGGUAGAUAAAUGAGGCUGAUUAUUCUUUUUCCUGUCCUGUCGCCUGCUUUUGGAGUAGAUUGAUUCUCUGUUUGCCUUGCUUCUAUGUGGUUUUAAAGACUUUUGGAGUGUCAGAACUUUCCUUCCACAAAUGUGAGAUCCAAAAUGAGGGAAUUCAAAAGGGGCUUUCCUUUUGUGAAAACCGAAAGGGUUGGUGAACCCCCACCCCAAAUAAAACAGGUAGCUGCAAAAGAACUCAAAAAGCAUAUAUCUGCAUACAUCCCUACUUGCUAUCAAUUUCUCUUCUGAGUUACGGUGACUGUGAAUUGCCAUUAAAAGAUUCCAGUCUGACACCAGACUUUUGGAUAGGGAUAAUGGAUUUUCAACACCCUCUAUGCUUCUGCAUCUUACUCAGAUUCUUCUGCUAUGGACAAGAAGGGCUGUAUAUAUAAUGUAAUUCAUAAUGUAAUUUUCACUGUCUGUACAGUUCUGCACUUGAUCCCCUACAGAUCUCACUGUCUACAGUCCUGCC